AUGGCAUAUAUUCUGAAACAGCAAACGGGAAUGCAAGCAGUUAGAUUCAGUGAUGAGCAAACGGGAGGAACAAGUGUAUCAGAUGAUGAAAGCCUGUUAGAAAUUCCUAAUGACUUAAAUCUUACUGAAGAUUGUGCUCCACAAGAGACAAUUCUCAAUGCUGUUUUCCCAGGUUUACGUGAUCAGAUAGGAAAUGCCCAGUAUAUGAGGGAAAAAGCAAUUCUUAUAGCAAAAAACGACGUAGUUCAUGAACUAAAUGAGUAUAUUAUUCAGAUGUUGCCAUUAGAAGAGAAGACAUACUACAAUUUGUAUACAACUUGCAAAGCAGGAGGAACGUCAAACGAUGAUGAUAUCCUAUACCCAACUGAGUUCCUGAACACCUUGAUAUGCUCUGGUAUGCCGAAACACGAAUUAAAGUUAAAAGUUGGGGUUCCAAUUAUGUUGCUACGUAAUUUGAACCAAGCAGAUGGUCUUCGCAAUGGCACGAGAUUUAGGAAACUGGUGCAUACAAGCAGAGAUAUUAUAGGAUCAAAUGGGCAUAAUGUUGUGAUUCCAAGAAUAGUGAUGUCCAAUGCCGACGCAAGAUGGCCCUUCAGACUGAAAAGAAGACAACUGCCAAUUGUAGUUGGCUUUUUCAUGAUAAUCAACAAAAGCCAAGGCCAAUAUUUGAAAACAGUGGGGUUAUACAUGAAGCACCAGGUAUUUACUCAUGGAUAG